UUCAAACAGAGCACAUGCAAUCGACACAUGCAACCUGCACAAUCCCUAGUCCAAGACCCUUAGUCCAAACACAUACAGAUUACAAAAUUACAAUCCGUAGUUGAUUUGGAGUAAGGCUAUGCCUAACUUGUAAUAUGGAGAGCGAGGAUUUGUUGACCAGAUGCAGAUGGUGAGAUGAUGCCUGAUGCGAACCUGAUGAACUCCAACAAAGUCAAAACAAACAAAAUCACAUUAGCAUUCCUCGAUUGAUAAAGACCUAGCUAAUGUAGUAAUAAACUAAAAGAAACGAAGUUUUAUUAAUGAUUACCUCAACCGUCCUCUAAGGAGAAUGAAGGUAAUGAAAUAAGGAAGUAUUGAGACCUACCAGUAAUCCUAAAAUUAAUCGCAGGGUUGGUAUAUAUGAGAAGAAAGAAGAAGGUGCAAUAGAAUACGAAAGGAAAGGGAGAAAACGAGCAUUUUAGGGUUCUGCAUUUUGUUCCUCGAAGAAAUUGCCAGCAAAACUAGCCUCCAAUUAACCAAUUUGCAGGAUAAUGAUUGCCUACUGGCAAUUAUCGAAGUAUAAACAACCUGGAUAGAGAGGAAUUCCUGGGGAAUCGGUGGAAAUUUUAAGCGAAAUGAAUGUUUAGGGGAUCGAUGGAGAGACAGUAGGGAAGGGAAUGGGGUUUCUUUGUCCUUCGUUUAAUUUAUAUACUGAGAUCCAAUACGACGUCGUUUUGGAAGACAGAGCGGUGUCGGAGCAGAUACCACGAGAUCCAUCGCUAUCCGUUAUCCGGUACUCACAGAUUCCGGGCAAUACUCGAAUCCGCCAUUUACCUACGUCGGACGGGUAAAAUGGUCACUACCUGGGCGGUUUUGGGUGCGUAUCUGGCGGGUCGGUCAAGGUUGUCAAGUGUAGUUGUUGCCAUUUGUCAACCCGAGGGUUGACCCGGUCGAGCUAGUGGGUCAAUGGGUCCCCCGUUUUAGCCCGAAAAUAUGGAAGUAGUCAUUAUAUUGUACUUAUCAUGAUAAAUUAUAUCAAAUACCAUCUAACAUAUGAAUUAUAACAUAUAAUAUUCCACCAAAAUAACAUGUCGUACUUAGUCCAACAUACAUAUAGUGAAAAUUCACACACACUUAUAUAACAUUAAUAUUCAAAUGUUCAACUUAGAAUUCCAAAUAUUGAGUUAGGCGAAAAGAAAAAUCGAAAAAUAGGCGCAUUUCGAUAACCAAAGAAAAAAAUGACAGAAUUUGACCUCCUAUCCGAUACCUUAUAGCGGUCGACCCGACGAAUGCGUGUGGUCUGUUUUUCUCACCGGGUCAGGGUCAAAAUGGAUCUAACCCGCGGCUCCAACCGCGCAUAGACAACCUUGCAUCCUUCACAAUUUCGCACUCUAGGCUUGACUCCUGUCCUGCGAAUGCGAUUCACCAUUGCCGUCGGGACCCAUCACCGUCUGGUGCUGCCACCAGAGGAUUAGCUGGUUGUGUGUAGAUGCCGAAGAUGAAGGAGGCCGAUCGGUCGAUUUCUUCCGCAUGCCCCGUGGUUGUAUCAGGCGCUGGAUACCAAUCAAUUUCUUUUCGUUUCUGCUCGCGGCUUUUAGAGAGCUGGUGAAAUCGCUCCCUCGAGAGCUCCAACGAGAUUAAUUGUGAUUGGGAGACUGUAGCAGGGACAUAAGAAAGCUCAUCGACAGAGUGGAUUUCGGUGAUUAAGGGACUGAAAUAGUGUUGCAGAAGCGUUUCCUCGACUACAUCCUUGAAGGACUUGCACGGCGGCUAAAUUCCUUCUGAUCUUCCUUUUCCCUCUAAUCCCGGAGUGUAACUGUGUAAGUCACCCCUCACUCAGGCCUCCACUUUGAUCCCAUGUCUGAUCUUCUGAAGGUUUCAUUUGAGAUAAGCUUUCGGCGGCUCGAAGAGGAUCAGAUUUCAGUUGUUCCUUACCAAUUGAUUGGCUGUAUUGAUUCUUCCAAUCUCGGCAGGGCUGUAUUGAUUGGUAGCACUCAUGGCUCCGCCAUCCAAGGCCAUUGUUUACAACCAGCACGCCCCGCCCGAUUCCGUUGUUAGGUGACCCGCUAUAUGAACUUCGGUGCACGAAGUUAGGUUAACGGUUGACAUUGCACUGACGUGAUAGUUGUGUAAGUGUGCUCACUUCACUUAGGAUGGUCGAGUUGUUGCUGGUGGAAGUGAAAGAGAACGAUAUUUGCGGUAGGAUGCUAGCUGCACUGGUUAAUCCUUCUGAUAUCAAUCGAAUUGAAGGUAUAAUCGCACAUAUAUUUGACCUAUAGAGUCUAAUUUUGUACCAGGCAUUUCAUAUUUCUGAAUUGUUGGAGUAGAAGUAUGUGAUUUACGGUCUCCGGUGCCUGCAGUUGGAGGACACGAAGAGAUUGGAGUUGUGUAUUCUGUGGGCUCAACAGUGAAGGAAUUUUCUCCCGGUGAUCGUAUCAUUCUGCCUCCUCCCUCUUCCGGUAACCCGAUUCUCUCUUUUCCUAAGAUGAAGACUUCCUAGACUGUUGGUACUUCUUAGGCCCGGAAUAAAGCCAUCUAGUUGUAUGUUUGAAGAAGCAUUGAGUUUUUGAAUAAAAAUGGACGAACUUGCCACUUCUGUUAAGUUGGUGAAGAAAUGCAACGAGAAGAUUAGUGAAUGUCACUUAGCAACACUCGCAUUGACUGGCAGCAGGCUUGAUUAGAAAUAUCAAAUGCAGGUUUUCUGUUUGCUUUAUUAAGAGGUCCAACUUUGUGAUGGUUAGGGACAUGGCAGAAAUAUCAAACACUGGCAUUGACUGGCUCAAAGUCGAUAUAGAUAGUCUGAUCGAGUAUGCUGCUACAAUCAUUGUUAAUCUGCUGACUGCUUUACUGAUGAUUGAGGACAUAACUACCUUAAAUUCAGGCAGGGUAUUCGGUUGUCCAAAAUGGAGCUACAAGUAUAGUAUGCCAGUGUUUUGUCCAGCUUGGCCACCUUCGUAGCAUCUGUAGCAUUAACAUCACAAGGGACAGGUGCUUCUUCAAAUUUCAUAUUGUGAAGUCUGUUUUUUUUCUUCCUCUCUCCCCAGAAAGUUACAGAUAUUUGAAUUAGCGUGCAUCUCUAGUUUCACCUCUCCCUUUGGGAGUUAGAAUUUUUAGAGUGAAUAGAUUUCAUUGAAUGGCUUAAUGUGCCUGUAAGGAAGGAACAAAAGAAUAGUCGUGUUCUAACAAAAGAAUUAGACGAUUUAUGAAGGAUAGGAACAAUUUUAUGCAAACAUCAGUAAUCAAAUGGACCCUGAGGAAUUGAUAGCUUUCACAUUGUUGCUACUUAAUUACUAUAUUAAAUACUGAACCAAGCUUUUGACUCCGAAUUCUCAGCUCUGUACUACAAAGAAAAAUUCUUACAGUAAGAGCAACAUUGUUCAGCACUACGCUGUCUAGACUCUUUGUUCUCAACUACAAAAUCCUACCACUAAUUUAUAGAAGUUCUUCACGAGAACAUGUUUCAUUCAGAAUUUCCAGCCUAGUGGUUUUAGGAAGGAUAUAUUUGUCAUUCCUCAUUCUAAUUAUUAAAAAAAUUAUAAUUUUUUGCAUAGAUUUUCCGCCAUGUAAUUAAUAAGUUGACUUCUAAUUAAACUAUUAUGAUAAACAUAAUAAGUGUGGGAUAGGUUAGGGUGGUUAUUCAAUUUUGAGUAAUCACGGUGGCUACCAACAUCUAUAGCAUUCAUUAUCUUUAUUUUAUUAUAAUUUUAAAUUAAUGAUUAAGAUUAGCUAAGGGUAAUUUAGGAAAUAAAAAACAUACCACACCUGAUUACUGUAUAUAUUUUACUCAAACCCUAAUACCUAGCCGUCGUCUCCUCCCUCCUCUCCCUGUCGCUCCCGCUCUCGAUCAACCUCUGCCUCGUCGGCCCCGCUCUCGCUGCCUGAAGAAGGAGUUCGAUUUGAAGAAGGAGUUCGAUCUGCACCACAAGAAUCCGUCGGAGGAGGCGUUGAUGCGAUGGCGGAGAGCUGUCAACAUCGUCAAGAACCCCCGCCGGCGGUUCCGGUGCGUCGCCGAUCUCGCCAAGCGCGCUGAGGCCGAACGCAGGAAGCGAAGCAUCCAGGUCCCUCUUUCUUCUCCCCUUUUUCUAUUGAACUCUGGAUUCUCUCCCUCUCUUCGUUUCUGCCCAAUUUUUUUUUGGGCUUUGACUGCUGUUGGCUUACCUCAAUCAACCGCCGACGUCCUCUGUUUGCAACCCUCAUCAUAGCUUUGGCUGCCGCCGGUUCUGGUAUACCGGAGGUGAAGGCUUACCUCAAUGGUAGUCCUUUUUUUAUGUAGUGAUUUUUUUAAAUGGUAGUCAUUUUUCCCCGUAGUGGUAGUGUUAUGAUCGUAUUGGUAUUGUUUUUGUCGCAUUGGUAUUAUUUUUGUCGCAUUGGUAUUGAUUUUGUCGCAUUGGUAGUGAUUAAAUCUGCAUUGGUUGUGAUUAAAUCUGCAAUGGUAGUGAUUAAAUCUGCAAUGGUAUUGAUGUUUUCUGAAAUGGUAGUGUUUUUUAUGUCGCAUUGGUAGUGAUUAAAUCUGCAAUGGUAUAUGUUUUCUGAAAUGGUAGUGUUUUUAUUUCUUGAAUGAUAUUGAUGUUUUGUACAAUGGUAGUAUUUUUUAAUGGAUUGGUAUGAUUUAUUGUUUUGUUGUUGCAGCAACGAAAUCAAGGAAAGAUUGAGAAAAAGAAGGAAGAGAGAUCAGGCUGAAAAAUUGUGGAAGUGAGAGAGAGAAAAUUGUAUUUAAUAUAUUUAUGUAAUUUCCUAAAAUGUAAUUUAUUAAAAAAAGAUCAUUAAUAAAUUUUUUGUUAUACC